AUGUAUCACUCGUCGAUUCUCUCGUUACUCACGGCCCUUACGACCAGCGCCAUUGACGUGAGCAAAGCGCAAGGCGCCACGCGACAUCACGCAUUUCAAGUGGCCGUCAUUCCGUUCGCGACUGUCGACGCCGCCAGCUACUGCCGCACGUUGCAGGCCAAGCUACUCCGGACACCAGAAUCGCCAGUGUUUCUACUCGAUACCAGCAAUCCGGCCUACGUUUAUCAGAUACUUCCGAGCCGCACCAUGGACCACGUGGAUAAUGCAGCGUUUAAGGACGGCGACGACAUCGCACCGUCUGUGAACGAUCUACCGACCGAGGAGCUGAUCAGGAUGAUAGAGAACAAGGAAGUGACCAUCAAGAGCCAUCGCAUCGUGGACACCAUCACGCUGAUCACGGCAGGGGGCGACGAGCUACGUCUAACGCUCGAGCGCUCCGGUGACUUGGAACCGGUUGGCAUAAUGCCGAGAGCUGGCUACCGAGGAGGGUUAAGUGGCCAAGAUAAACUCCUUCUGUCACUGCUCGGCGGUGGUGGUGGAGGCAGCAAGGUGCGAGGCAUCGAACGUCUUAAAAAUUAACCUCUCGAAGGCCUCCCCGGCCACCACCACCAGCAACCUAGGCGAGGCACACGGGACACUCUAAUCUUCAUCUUAAUCCCAACCGAACCGAAAACCCCUGAAAUGGUGGGCUGCCCGGUGACGUCCGUCCGUUGGCAAGACAAACAAAUCCAAUUAUAAUUUAUUACAAGAAGCGAUAACGUACAGCGUACAGCGUACCGAAGGUGCUUCCGGUGUGGCCAGGAAGGAUAGGCUUAACCAUGUCACAUCGUCAUCCUUAACCCUCAAGCCUUUCUCCCUCCCUCACACACGGCAAAUGAGCUCGAAAGGCUCGGGCUGCCCCAGGGAAACUUCGAAUAAAUAUUGGACCUUCCAAAGGUGGAGGACGGUCCGGAGAUUUCUCUGUGGAUGGCGCUUUUUAACCUUUAUCACCGCAUCGAAGGCAGAUCCCCGAGUUCCGGCGACGCUCCGGACGAUGGAUCUCAUGUGUCAAACUCACCUUUUUGGUCGGCCACUAGAGGCUAACUGGGCAUCAGGCCACCACCCAAAACAGUACCGACCGACCGACCGACGGU